AAGGCGUCGCAAAAGGGAGAAUUGUUUGAGAGCUCAGUCAUCCAAAAACGGCCUUUCAAUGUGAGAACUUGGGGAGACGAAGAAAAUGUCGGUAGCAUCGCAGUAAAUUACUAGUGCAGCGAGGCUUUAGAGGGAAAAGUGAAGUAAGAACGGUUGUUUUUUGGGACUUAAACUCACUGCAGAAGCGAGGCAAGGAGAAGCUCGGUCGGCUUAAGCGAGGUGUGAGCACCAAAUACAGCAGUUUGGGGGGCAGUGUAUGGAAGAUGUCUGGAAAGAGAGACUGGACUCCUUGGAUGAAAAAGAGAAGGGCUCCAGUGUUGUGCGCUCUGGGUGCAGUACUACUAUGCUGUCUGCAGAGCGGCGCCUCAGUCACUGAUGAGGUGCCAAUGUUCACGGAGGAGCCCAUGUCCGUGGUGCAGAAACUGGGCGGCAGCGUGAAUCUGCGCUGCAGUGCCCGACCCACCUCUGCCAACAUCAGUUGGCGCCUCAACGGCCAGGAGUUUGCGGACGGAGAUCUGGGUGUGGUCCUGGGACCCAACAGCCUGUUCAUCCCUGCGCUGUCUAACCUGACCCUGGGCAGGUACCAGUGUGUGGCCAGCACAAGCGCGGGAGCUCUGGCCAGUGUGCCAGCCAACGUCACUGCUGCUAAGCUGCGGGAUUUUGAGCCCGAUGACCAGCAGGAGAUCGAGGUGGACGAAGGCAACACGGCUGUUAUCGAAUGUCACCUCCCGGAAAGCCAGCCCAAGGCUCAGGUCCGCUACAGCGUCAAACAGGAGUGGCUGGAAACCUCCAAAGGGAACUACCUCAUCAUGCCGUCAGGGAACCUGCAGAUCGCCAAUGCCACACAGGAGGAUGAGGGGCCGUACAAGUGCGCUGCGUACAACCCCAUCACUCAGGAGGUCAAAACAUCCACCUCUGCUGACCGCCUGCGCAUACGCCGCUCCACCUCAGAAGCAGCUCGCAUCAUUUACCCUCCAGCCUCUCGCUCCAUCAUGGUGACCAAAGGCCAGCGGCUGGUGCUGGAGUGCGUCGCCAGUGGCAUCCCCACGCCGCAGGUCAGGUGGGCAAAGGAUGGGCAGGACCUGCGCUCCCACAACAACACCCGCUUUCUACUCAGCAACCUGCUGAUCGACGCGGUGGGCGAGCGUGACUCGGGCACUUACGUUUGCAGGGCCGAUAAUGGAAUCGGCUCGGCCAGCACUGCAACGGUGCUGUAUGACGUACAAGUGUUCGAGCCUCCUCAGGUGACGGUGGAGCUGCAGCAGCAGCAGCAGGAGGUUGUGUACGGCGAGACGGUUCGCUUCAUCUGCCAGGUCCGCGGUAAACCCACACCCUCCGUCAUGUGGCUCCACAACGCCCAUCCUCUAGCGCCGUCUCCUCGCCACCGCCUCACCUCAAAAGGGCUGCGUGUCACCAACGUGGGCCCUCAGGAUGACGGACUGUACCAAUGCAUGGCUGAGAACGGGGUGGGCAGCUCACAGGCCUCUGCUCGCCUCAUCACAGUGUCAACAGGGAUCUCAUCCAGAGGGAGGCUGCCCUCACUCUACCGGCCUCUCAGCCCAGAUAAAGUCCUGAGGGAGCAGCCGCCUGUGAGGCCGGGAGCCGCGGGGGCCAUGCUGCCUAUGGACUGCUCUGAACUGCCGGGACAUAUCCUUCCUGCUGAAGCCCCCGUCAUCCUCAGCCAGCCGCACACCGGCAAGGCCGACUACUACGAACUCACCUGGAGGCCCCGACAUGAGCAAGGACCACCCGUGCUGGAGUAUUUGGUCAAAUACAGAAAGGUGGGAGACCCUCUAGCAGAGUGGACCUCCAGCAGUAUCUCAGGGGCCCUCCACAAGCUCAUCCUGGCCAAGCUGCAGUCAGGCAGCCUGUACGAGGUGGAGAUGACUGCAAAGAACUGUGCAGGUUUGGGACAACCUGCCAUGAUGACCUUCAGAACUGGCAAAGGCCGCAAAGGACAAAUCGACCCUCCUAAAACUCCCGCUGUUCCUUCACCAAGCCUCUCUCCUCCGGAAGCCCCUGACAAACCCACAGUCUCCACGGCAACGGAAACGUCGGCAUACGUGACUUGGAUUCCUCGCGGUAACCGCGGCUUCCCCAUCCAGUCGUUUCGGGUGGAGUACAAGAAGGUGAAGAAGGCAGGAGAGGACUGGGUGACGGCCGUCGAAAACAUCCCCCCGUCACGACUCUCGGUGGAGAUCACGGGCCUGGAGAAAGGUACGUCCUACAAGUUUCGUGUUGUGGCGGUGAACGUAAUUGGUUCCAGUCCUCCCAGCGCCCCUUCCAAGGCUUACACAGUAGUGGGCGGGAGACCCCAUGAGCGCCCUGUUGAUGGACCCUACAUCACCUACAACGAAGCCAUUAAUGAGACAACCAUCAUUCUCAAAUGGACGUACACUCCCGUUAACAACACUCCCAUCUACGGUUUCUACAUCUUCUACCGGCCGACAGACAGCGAUAAUGACAGUGACUAUAAGAAGGAUGUGGUGGAGGGAGACAGAUACUGGCAUUCAAUCACCGACCUGCAGCCCGAGACGGCGUACGACAUCAAGAUGCAGAGCUUCAACGAGUUGGGAGAGAGUGAAUUUGGCAAUGUGGUGAUCCUGGAAACGAAAGCUCGUCCUAAUCAACAACGACCUACCCCAUCAGAGACCCCAGACCACGUGUUGGGACACGGACACGGACUUGUGCCUCGGCCCGGCGACCUCCCCUACCUCAUAGUUGGUAUUGUCCUGGGAGCCUUCGUCUUCAUCAUCGUGGCCUUCAUCCCAUUCUGUCUUUGGAGGGCUUGGGCCAAACAGAAGCAAACAUCAGACUUGUGUUUUCCUGCUGUGGCCGCUCCGGUGUCGUCGUGUCAGUACACCAUGGUUCCUCUUCAGGGACUUGCUCUGGUCGGCCACUGCCCACUGGACGGUCGUAUGACGGCUCCACACAGUGUGUAUCCUGCUAAUGGAGAAUACACACUGAACGGCAAGCCCCAUCACCCCACACACUGCCUGCCGGGGCUGCAGCAGGAGGACGUGGACUGUGAUAUGGAAUGUGACACUUUGCUGCCACAGACAGUUUCGAAUGGACAUGUGCCUGUUUAUCACUACUCCAGCAGUGGUUCAGAUCAUCAUGAACACAGCUGCUGUCCUCCUGAUGACUCCACUCUGCAGCUCCUCCACUCCUCCCAUCAGCACCUCGCUUCACAGGAGCUGGAUGAUGAUGGCAGCUUCUGUUGUGGAGACGAAGAAGGGGAUAGCAUCACUCAAAAAAUAUCGUCCUUUCCUCUUCUCUCUCUAGAGGAUGAAGGCAUUUUCACCACAUCAUCCUCAGCAGCCACAACACCACAAUCUCAAGACACACCAAUACAGGAAGUGAACAUCCUCCCAAAUGAAGCAUCCCUUGAGAACACAGAGACGGCGAACACAACAGAGGCGUAAGAGACUGUUGGACAAGCAGAAGAAAACCAGAGAAAAUAUUUAUUUUUGUAUCACAGAUAUUUAUAUAUUUAUGCUUUUGUACAUAAGUGUCUGACUGUACUGUAUAUAAGGUAUUUUUUUUUUAAGUGAAAAAGACUCUUAUUCACACAUCGCUUUGGAGAAAGGGAGCACCAUGUUGUCAUGCUGUUUGUGUUUUCCUGGGAGGGAAAUACGUUUGAUUCCUCAUGUUGAAGAAGAUCAGUCAGGGGGCCUUAAAUCUGCAGGGGAUUCCUCUCACUUUAGCACUUCACGUCUUCACCCUCCUUGUGUCAUUCCUCACAAAAUCCUCCAUCCGUAAUGUUUGGACCUUAGGUACUUAGCUUUAUGUACAACCAGAACAAAGGGACCAUUCAAACCAGUCUGAUGCUGUAAUUAUGAGGUGCUUUUAUUGCUGUUUAGACCCGUUGCUAUGUCACAUCUUCAAACAAUUCUGUCAUUUUGUAACAUGUUUUAUGCAUUGUUCAUCAUUAACAUACUAUUAACUUGUGUAUGCAACAUAAAUCAUUCUGUCCAGUAGUGUACAAGAGAUUAUAUAUUGUAUAGUUAUUUAUUUUUGUGAUUUUUAUAUAUUAUUUUUUAAAUCACUGAAUGGGAGAGAUUCUGGAAAAUAUCUUAAACUCAGUCAUAGAUAAGCUGAAUUUUAUCCUCCAACCACUUCUGUGUUUACUCAUUUGCUGGUUACCAAAAUGCGUGGCAGGUGAGGGCGCUGUGACAGGUGUGUUAGUAUUAUUCCUCCCUCACAGGUUGCUGCAUAAGUAUUAGUCUUUUCCAGAGACGUACGUGAUCGAAAUGAAGGAGAUCCUGAAUCUACACUCCCACAAGUGGAGCCAACUUGUGGCUGCACACGCUGGAGCACUAUUGCAUGUAAAUAAAAAAGCUUAUGAAAUUAA